AUGCCCAGCCCCUAUGAUUCACCUCCGCCGUCAGUAAAAGUGUCAGUCCCCUCGGCUUCUGAAGCUCCCCAUCAGCUCAUCACGGACUCAGUGGCCAUGUCCAUGGACCUGGUUCACAAAUCUCAGCCCAAGGGCGGCAGCAUUCAUUGGAGGCUACAUUCGGAAGAGCCUAGAGGCGUGAAAUUGUACGAAGCUAGCCACUUUACCUACGCGACGCCAGGGAUGUACACGUACAUGGCCAGCGUCGAUGUGGUUGGAACUUUAGCUGACGUGACCAGUGUGGGGCUGGACCAACACCAAUCGUUCGGGCUUUCCAUCCACAACUCGACUACCCUUCGAAAGGUCGUGCCCGCGCACUACCAAAGCAGCAUCGCGUCCUUGCAGUUGACAUGGUGCGACUACAAACCCCUUACUGUUGGCCUUUCCAAUGCCAAAUACGACUCAACUAUGCUUCAGUCGACCCAACGGUUUGCAAAACACGGACGCCACGGCAUGGUCAUGGCCUACAAAUCGUACGCAGUGCCGAAGUGGCAGCAACCGCCACAGGGCUGUCAACGGGUGCUUAACCACGGCUCUGGUGUCGUGUGCACUGAAUCCAUCGACCAGCCUGGCUUGGUGACCGUACGUUUUAUCGUGCACAUCCAGUUACCGCAAACCAGUUCCAAGUUGGCGUCAAAGCACCGCCAUUGGGCGUAUUUGCGACGGGUCCUUCGAUGGUGUCUUGGACUGUCUAGCAUCGAUAAACGGCUUCGAAAGCAUCGGCUGGAGCAGCGAGCGCCGCUGCCUGCCGUACAGCUGGUACCAAAAGCCAGUCGAAGCCAUUGUUUUCUGUGCCGCCACGCGUUUGGGUGGCUCCGCCAUCGAAAGACGAACUGUUGGGGGUGUGGGGAAGUAGUGUGCUCGUCCUGUUCACUCCCGUGGCAUCAGGGGACAGAACAUCGACGCAUGUGCUCGACGUGUUCUGGUGGUACUGGAUUCAGAAUCACAGACAGUGACGACGUCGGGGGCGAGGCGUUUGCAGUGUACUUUGAAACGAAAACCGACUUUGACAGCAGCAGCUUUACGACAAAUGAAUCCAACGCUCCAGUUAACUUCUACAGCCCCGACCUGGCACAAAUUCUGUUUCCGUCGCCGGCAUCCCCCGGACAAGAACCACAACGGCACACUCGCAUCACGUUGAUCGACGAAGAUUUGGCCGAUGAACUGUACGGGCUGCACUUUCAACCGACGCCAGUGUGCAUAUUCGGAUAA